AUGGCAGCCCCCAUGACGGUUGCUAUCGCCGCUGCAAGUGGGGAUUUAAGGGCUGUUGAGAGUUUGUUGAGACAGGGAGCUAAUGUCAAUGACCGGUCGAGAGAUGGCAUGACACCGCUUGGUAUUGCUGCCUUCUGGGGUUAUGCUGAUAUAGCGGAACUGCUUCUUACCUAUGGAGCUGAUGUGAACUUAGCCAACAAGGGUACAUUGUGGACUCCCCUUCACUCAGCAGCAUUCCAAGGUCAUGGCAAGGUUAUUAUGAAGCUGAUGGAACACAGUCCAGAUCUCACAUUGAAAGACAAUCAAGGAAGGACGGCAGUUGACUUUGCAUCAGCAAUGGAUGGUAUUUGGCCGUUCUUUGCAGCUGCUCGUUGUAGAAGAACCACAAAGGCUCAGCUCAUUGACAUGGACAUUGUCAAGAAGGUUUCGUCAUCGGACCCGACCAUUCCGAAGUCAGACUUUGCUCACUUCUCCCGACCAGGAUCAGCCUAUGUAAUCAAACCACAACAGAUGCAAUACUCGGAUACCAGAAUGGCAACGGCGUCCCAGACUGGUGACGUAUUAGCUGGGAUAUCAGAGGAGAGUGACACUCGACCACACCUACCAAUGUUCGGCAAUGUUUGGAACAACUGACUCUCUACCAAGCACUGCUGGGUUCCCGCAAUAGACAGACAUGUUACAGAAUGACUUCAAAACAAGAAGGUUCGAAGGCAGAAGGUGUUUAUCUUCAUUUUGAAGAAUGAUUUUAAGGCCAUUACCUUAACCAAAAAAAAUUGAAAGGUUUUCUCUAACAGAAUAUGAUUUAUGUUUAAUAGCUUUAUGUUAGGAUAGGAAAGUAACUUACAUUCUGCAAUAUAAUAAAUAUUUGACAUUGUGCAAUUUUGUGAGAUGUUUGUAACUAAAUGUUAGAUUUGUUAGAUGUAUUGACAAUGAAUUUGAUUCCUGGUACUUAUACCAGUGUACAGAUUUCCAUUUACGUUGAGCUUUCUUUAGUAUUAACAACUGCGAUCAACCCUGUUGCUCCAGCAUUACCCAUGUCAUCAACAUUGCCUCAUUAGCUAUUAGUAAGGUAACAAAAUUCAGUUUAUUUUUGCCAGCUUAUGACAUAGUGGGUGGAGUGCUCAGAACUUUGUUAAUGUCAUCGUUGAUAUCAGAUAACUUUCUAAUCGUUACUGCUCUGGAAGUUUAAUGGAUACACAUGUGAUCUGCUGUAUCCAACUGUUUCAGCUUUACUUGUUUAUAUCUAAAUAUGUAAGCACAUCAUCAAAUAUUUCAUGACCAUCUGUUAAACACAAUGUCGUUUAUCAUGUUGUUAACUUUAACAAAGAUCUGAACAAUCCGCCCAAUGUCUUUGUCAUUUUAAAAACACAUAUACACCAGUGCCUUACAUGAGUAGAUGGUGUGGCUAGUAUUAGAACUGUUACUUUUUCGAAAUUGUUUUUUAUGUUUUACAAGAAACUGGAUUGAUCACUGAAUUAUGUUAGGUAUACAUUUUUAUAUUUCCUAGUUUCUUUUUUGAUCAAGAGUACUUUUCAUGAACAGGAACUAAAGACAAUAUGUAAAAGUUACUGCACCCAUAAUCCAAGUUGUUGUAACCAUGCACAACUGCUUCAGUGCCAGUGUAGAUAGUAGAUAAUGUAAAUGUUUUACCAUGUUGUCAAGGACAACAUUUGAUAACAAGUAUGCAUCAUGAAAUUAAUCUUCAUGCUAGUUACUAAAUGGUUAAGUUCCACUCCAAAGUUAAGUUAUCAUUCCAAAACAGGAAACAAUGGAAACUGUCUAUAUUCACUAUUAACAUUGUAUGAACUUGUAUUUUUUAUUGACAUAGAUCUGUGAUAGAAAGUGUGGUAUAUUUAUAAGUGUAAGAGUUACUUUGUGUUUGAUAUGCAAAAUGUUAAAAGGACUAUAUUCCAGAUUGGCACCAGAAAGUUUUUUUCUGUAAUGAAUCUCAGUACAAAUAUUUAAUAAAAUAUUUUACUCUUUGAUAUCAUUUUUUUUUAUAUAAUUGUAAAAAAAAUUACCAAAAUAUAAACAAAAAUCGAGUCGGAGACACGUGAUAACAUCGACUAGCCAGUCACGCAUAAGAAUGUAUUCUACUAGGAAUACAUACCUAGUAAUCUUUUUAAAUGAAAAAAUUCGAAAAAUAAAUUAAUUGUAAACUAUGUGGUACUUCAGUUAGUUAGUUUCAAUGCAUUGUAUACAUCGUUUAUGUCAGUUUUCGACAAUUUUUUCCUUUUUUUCCCGCUAUUGCAUCAUAUGGUGUAUAGCCCCAUUAAAUGAUAGUACUGUGAAAUCAUUAAUGUUCGUGGGACAUUAAUGUUCGUGGUUUUCGUGGGUUGGGUGAUCCACGAAUUCAAGAUCCCACGAAAUAUAAACCCUUUAUUCACUUUUUCAAUUGCCUUGUUACGUACGUACUCUAGUAUAUUCUUUACAGAGGUCGCAGUAUACAGUGUUAAAACCUGUCUCACUGUAUAACUUACGAUCAUUAUUCUGUUAAUAUAUUAUAACUGCCUUUAACAAACAAGAACCAAAUCAAUUAAAUGUGUUUUAUGCAGCAAAUGACAGUCAUAAGCACGUGUUUAAACGUGUGCUGUUAAUGAAAAUCUCCAAGUUUACAAGAUGUGCGUGAUGAGUGCGUGAUGAGUGUCCAUACUCGAUUUUUUUAUUUAAUAAAAUAAUUAAUCGAUUACUAGUAUAUUGAAGGUUACUAAGCACCGAACGUGACAAUAUACGCACCUUUUCGGUGUUUUCACAGUUUGCAAAAUUCUUAAUUGGCAUUCAAUGGCUUCCCCUAUCUGUAUUUAUGAUCAGGGUACAUCUUCUUUUAUUACCUUUAUUCCCAAUUAAAUCGACAAGUGACAUGGGUAUAUGCACUAAUUGGCAUGUCAUACCUUAUUAGCGAGUGUCAUAAACCGAGUGACGUAGAAGACGGAAAUCACGGGCCAGCACGUGGAUAUUAUGCAGACGAUCUAGGACGAUCGCAUCUUCGAUUUUUUUUUUCAAAAAUGAAAAUCCACGAAUUCAAGUACCCACGAAAUUGUUUUUUUUCGGCAAACCACGAAAUUUCAUGCCCACGAACAUUAAUGAUUUCACAGUAUUCUAUCAUCAACCCUGUUUUUUGUCAUGUUUUUAAUAUGGAGUAAGGAUGUGUUCAUUUAUAUGCAGUGUUGAACAACUAAAAUAUUGUACAGUAUUACUUGUGUACAUUGAAAUAAAAUGAAAGGAAAAUUGA